AUGGGAGAGCAAGAUGAGAUGUGGUUCGACAGCAAAGAUGCGUUCACUCGAGUCGACGCGUUUGACAUCACCUACCUUGGCUACACAGUUUUCUUGUCGAUCUACUUGGCAGCAUCCACAUUUUAUCACUGGUAUAAGAGGGGUCAACUGCAAAAUGAGGAAUUCGAGUACGUGCAAGCUCAAACACUGGACAUUGAGAUGGAUGAACAAGACUUGCCAUUUGAUCGACGGAAUUCAUCACACACACAUGUGAACCAAAGCUCAAGCAUCAAAGAGAAAGCCGCCAAAACGACAAGCGGGAAUGACGUGCAAACAGCUUCAUCGUCCGCUCACGAGAAAAAGAACCUUAUCAAUAAAAAUGAGAUCGAAAAGCGCACCGUUCAGAGACUGAAAGACAAAACGCAGCGCACACAACGCACGGAGCCGAGCAAGAAAUACCCGAAGCCUUUGUACGGCAAUAAAGCUCAACUUCUGGAUGACAUGGAAGAGGCUGUUUUGGAAUAUAUGGGAGAUGCAAUCGAUGGCGACGAGGAGGCAUUUGAAGAGGACAAGCCGAAUCUUUCGGAGAAGAAAAACGCGUCUGGAUCAAUUAAGGAGAAUCGAACGCAAGACGCCAAAAAAGAGGAAAAGAGUAAA